AUGGAGGAGCGCCUGGCAGCCACGCAAGUGUCCUUUCAAAAGCCACCCUUGGCGGCCUACAUGGCCAAGAAGUGUCUUGACGUUGGAGAUGUUUGUGGCUUUGACGACCUUCGGCUUCGGGUUUGGGCUCUGGCGGAUAUCCAGCUACAACUGCGCCCGGGCAAGUGUGCGGCAACGGAUGCAGCGCUAAGGAACGACCCGGACCGGAAGAAGUCCUUGUAUGAGAAGUACAAGGAAGUCAAGGAUGCCAACGACGUUACGGCGCAGGCCAUGCGGGCAGACCGGCUCGAGCGAUGGUUCCAGGACUCGGCCGUCGUUGCCAUGACGGUGCGGGGCGUCCUCCGCAUCAACGACGACGACACCAUCUCCAGGUCCCGGCCCAACGAAGUGCGGAGGGCCUCGGCACUGGCCGACGCCGUCUUCAUGAUGGACAAUGCCGAUGCUCUCCUGGAGCCACUGGACAAGCUGAAUUUUGCAGGCCACGGGGCGGAGGCGGCCAGGGAAGCCAAGCAGCAGGAACAGGCUCGUCAGGAGCAGAUGGCGGAGACGCAAGCAAAGUAUGGCAUACAGAAAGUCUACAUCCCGCAGGAGAAGCCGAAGAAGAAGGCGCCACCGACUCCGCAGCAGCGGCAGCAAAAAAAGAAGGAGCAGGAAGAGGUCAUCGUUUUCGAUCAGCCGCUGUCUGUUGCGGUGGGCGAGUUCGAUCGGUGGAUGCGGAAAUACCUGCGCCGCCUGAACGUCAACUGGCCAGGGAUGGCAAGGGGGCGCGCCAGCUUUGCGGCCUGA